AUAGAGAAGAAGUUUGACAGAGCGCGGCUCUUCUUCCAGCUGAAGUUCGGCGUCGCUGCUGUGGUGGCCAAUGUGAGUGAGGGAGCGCGCGAGCGAGUGAGAGAGAGAGAGAGAGCGAGUGUGUGAGAGAGGGAGGGAGAGAUCUCCACAACACACACGCGCACGCACACACACACACACACACACACUCAGUGGAGCGACGCUUCUUCACUGCUUUGCUGUUGCAUGUGCGAGACAGACGCGCGUACGAGACGAAGACGAAGAGGGAGAAGAAGGAGAAGGACACGCUCGCUGCUGUCAGACACCGUGGUGUUGACAGGAGAGCACGACUAGAGAACGGGAGAGAAGACCUCACAACUUCUUCCAGCGCGUUUUUUUCUUUCUCCCUUUUCGGGUGGGAUUUUGCCAUGGAUGUGCUACCGAUGUGCAGCAUCUUUCAGGAGCUUCAGAUUGUCCACGACACGGGCUAUUUCUCAGCCUUGCCCUCGCUGGAGGAGUACUGGCAACAGACAUGCUUGGAGUUGGAGCGCUACCUGCAGAGCGAACCUUAUGUCUCAGCAUCCGACCUGAAGUUCGAGAGCCAAGAGGACCUCUGGAGCAAACUGAUCCUGGCAUGCGGGGACUCAAAGGGUGACCUGGACUCAAACGCGAACCUCGUGCGGGUCAAGGAGGACCCAGACAAUCAGGACAGCCAGGCCCUGGAGACCAACAGCGUCAACUCGGAUGCCAGCAGUGAGGCUUCGGACAGCUCUGAGGAGCUCUCACCCACUCACAGCUUUAGCUCCAACCCGCUGGGCUCGGUGCUGGCUGAGACGGGACACUUGGGUUCGUCCAUCAUCGCCACGCCUCCGUCCUCUCCGGAGGCGCUGCAGGAGCCCAGCGUGGCGCAGGUUUGGGGGUCCAUACAGACUGAACUGCCCCUGCCCGUUAAGAUCAGACACGGGGGCAUGGCCAAGGUUUCGGGCACGGAUAAGUCGGGUUCGGCCGGAGGGGACGCGUCUCCGGACGGGAGGAGGCGAGUGCACCGGUGUCACUUCAACGGCUGCCGGAAAGUUUACACAAAGAGUUCUCAUUUAAAAGCACAUCAGCGCACUCACACAGGUGAGAAGCCGUACAGGUGUUCGUGGGAAGGCUGUGAGUGGCGUUUUGCGCGCAGCGAUGAGCUAACCCGGCACUUCAGGAAGCACACGGGUGCAAAGCCAUUUAAAUGCAGUCACUGUGACAGGUGUUUCUCCAGGUCAGACCACCUGGCCCUGCACAUGAAGAGGCACCUCUAAAGCAGGUUGUGUCCGUGCGCCGUGUGGGGAUAUGUUCAUUUGUAUCCUGACCAGCCUCCUGGUUGACCUGCCCUUUUGUUUAAGGGAGGGUAGUGGAGUGUUCCAGCCAAAGCAUGCCAUUUUGCACCGAAUCCUGUGCCUCCGGGUCCCUCGGGAGAAAGGCCUACUGACUGGUUGUGGAAAAAAAAAGAAAAGAAAGAAGAGGACAAGACAAAAUCAUGCGCGAAGAAGCGAUAAAUGAAGGACUUUAAAAAUAAAAAAAAAGAAUAUUUACAAAAAAAGAGAGGAAAAAAUCAGACAAAAACAACAAACGAAUGAAUGAAUGGUGUGUGUUGUAUGGUGCAUGUUUUGGGACAACUCCUGGACAACCAAUACACUGGUACUUAUUAAAAAAAAGCCUGUCUGAGGGUGAACGAAUGCGGUCGCUGAGUGUGAGGGUGACUGUUUGGUGCGUGAGUUGAGGAAAAGGCUGGGAUGGGGGGCUACCAGUGUGUCGCUGCAGACUGAGUGAUGUUGGGGGGGGAAUCAAGUUCCGUUUUUUGUUCUGUGAGGGGAAAAAAAGUGUGUCUGCUUGUCAGUGUGGAAGCAGGGACUCUUGCCAAACCCCCCCAGGCUUUGUAUCACAAAGGGGACGAGGAGGUUUUGGUUACUUCUAAACCCACCCACCCAUACAAAACCCCCUUUUUAGAGGGUCUGCAGAGUUCCCGGCCCUGAAUGAAAGUGGCUUUUUGGUGUUUGGUGCAGCUACUAAAUGUGCAAUGUGUUCAGUAGCUUGUUUUCUCGACAAGCUACAAAAAAAGCUCUUUUGUUGUCCAUUGUAUAAGCUGUGUGCUUAGAGAUAAAAACACAAAAACUAUAACUUCACUAUCAUAGACAGGUGUUGCAUGGUAUUAGGGUUUGUACUCCUUUUUUUCCUGUUCUUUGUUAUCAGGACUGCUAAUAGAUUCCAAUAAAGUGCAGCUAAAUACGAAUGGUUAAAUGUUACAAUAUUGUACAUAAAUGGAUUGAUGAUUCUUCUCUUUAAAUCCCCCCCUGCUUAUGCCUUUUUUUUCUUUUUUUUGCGAGGGAAAACCACUAUUGCUUAGCUUUUUCUUUUUAGUCACAAAUCUGUUUUUUUCCCCUUCCACUCUGUUCAGUUCUCUCUCUCUUUCUCUCCAUUUUUACCUGUUAUUAAUGCACUGUUGACCUUAAUGGUGCCUUAUGCAAGUGACCUUGUCCUGUGGAAUAGAUUGGUCCUUGGGGGUCACACAAUGUCUUGUAUGAGUGAUCGAAAUAGCUUUAUUAAGGCUCCAUUUCCAAUGAAAAUGCACCUUUCUUUUUUUCGGAAAAGGCCACUCCGACCGAACCCUAACAGAACUGUAGCUUCAGGACAACUUUCGUUCACUCAGAUUACAUUUAAACCUAAAUAUGUAGUAAGAUAGCAAAGUCUAUAAGAGUCACCAUGCAAAGCACUUAAAACAACAGCUUUUUAUUUGUUUACUACCAUGUAAUAUCUAAUGAAUACUAGAGAGGUCUAUUUGAAUGGUACAAAAAAAAAAAGUGGAAUCUGUCAAAACCACAAAAACUGGUCUGGUCAUUGCGUAACAAGGCUGGAGGAGAAUGGGGGUAAAAUGACGCAGCUGCUCUGACAGGCGUUUGGCAGUGAGUUUUAGAAGACCGGGCCUGUAUCCCCUGCAACCAGGACGGAGGAAAAAACCUAAAGAUUUAUUGUAAUUAACAAGCCCUAGCAGGACAGGCCUCGCCUUGUACUGCAUCUGUGUAAUGAAUUACUAAAGGCUUUGCUGGCAUAGACUCUGCCACAGACUGCUGACUCUGGCAGUUUGCUAUUGACCUGUCUGGAUGGCGUUGUUUUAGCCCAGCAACAGUAUUAUGGAAACAGAGAACAGGCGUCCAGAAAGAUAAAGAUAAAUCGCUUCUUUUCAGCCCGUACAAUGUACAUUUACAGACGUGGAAUCGAAGCCUUUGGGCUGGCAGACAGGUUCGCUGGCUGUUCGUGUGCAUUGUAAGCAUUUUGUGAGAGUUUUAUUCUUUAUUUCUUUGGCCGAGGAUGAAUCAGAUCUAUAGACGCAAAUAUCGAAAUACAUUCUGUAAAAGAGUCGAGUCUGACACAGCAGACAGUAACUCUCUUUAUCAGGGAAGUGCUGUACUUUGUCUAGAGAGUGGAAGAGCAGCAGUGCUCCAUGGAUUUCAGAUCAGAUUGGAGCUGUAGGAGGAUCAGCAUGAAGAAGCUUGCUGCUACAAAAUCAGAGCCAGCAAGGCUUUCUGUGGGCAAAGAGAACAGUACAUCCUGUCUACGAAACAGUGGCCAACAUCAUUCAAGCGGCAAUAGAGCCUUAAUGAAAGCCUCCCAUUUUGCUUGUAACUAUAACUGACGCUUUCUAUCACUCUUUUCUCUCACAGUUUCCCCUGUUGUCUAUUAUAGAAUAUUUGUAAGAAAUUGAAAAGAAAGAAAAGUUAAAAAUGAAAUACAAAAAAAAAACAUUUUCUAAGAUUUUUAUUUGUUCUUGCUUUAUAUAAAUUUUAUUUGAAAUUGUUUUGCAAAAUUGUUCUAUUUCUGUAUGAAUGUAUUUUUUAUUGGAAUAAUAAGAAAUUCUUAUCAGA